GUGUGUGUAUGUAUGUACUGUGGAUCAUUGUCAUUUAAUUUGUCAUCAAUCUAUCCCUCUUAGUAUACUCGCACAACAUAUUUAUCUUCUCUAUAGUAAUACACAAACUUAAAAAGAACUUUGUUUGAGUGGGAAAAGUAAAUUAGAAGAGAGCAAAAUAUGGGAUCUCAAACUCCUCUCCCUCAUAUUUUUCUUGUGUGUUUUCCAGCACAAGGACACAUAAACCCUAUGCUCAGGUUAGGCAAACGCCUAGCUUCAAAGGGCAUGUUGGUAAGUUUCUCCACCACAGAAAACUAUGGCAAAGAGAUGAGAAAGGCCAAUGAUGGUAUCAGUGACCAACCUACACCCGUCGGCAAUGGUUUCAUCAGGUUUGAGUUUUUUGACGACGGGCUAGCGGAAGAUGAUCCGAAAUUCUCGAAGUUGGACGAAUAUAUGCCUCUGCUUGAACUUGUGGGCAUGGAUCUGGUAACACAGAUGAUCAAACGACAUGCCAAUGAAGGUCGUCCAGUUUCAUGCCUGGUGAACAAUCCGUUCAUUCCUUGGGUUUGUGAUGUUGCCGCCGAGCUUGGGAUCCCUCGUGCCACGCUUUGGAUUCAGUCUUGUGCUGUGUUCUCGGCCUAUUACCAUUGCCACAACAAGAUGGUGCCGUUUCCGACAGAGGCUGAGCCGAUUAUCGAUAUUCAGCUUCCUGGUAUGCCUGUUCUGAAGCAUGAUGAGAUUCCCAGCUUCUUACUCCCUUCUGAUCCAUUUCAGGUUUUGGGGAGGGCAAUAUUAGGACAGUUCAAGAAGUUAUCCAAAUCACUCUAUGUGUUGAUGGACACAUUCCAGGAGUUGGAGCCAGAAAUAAUUGAGCACAUGUCCCAGGUGUGCAUAGUGAAGCCCGUUGGCCCCUUAUUCAAAAACCCUAAAGCUCCAAAAACAAGCAUCGGAGGUGACUUAAUGAAAGCCGAUGAUUGCUUUGAGUGGCUUGACUCAAAGCCCCCAACAUCUGUCGUGUACAUAUCUUUUGGUAGCAUUGUGCACUUAAAGCAAGAGCAAGUUGACGAGAUUGCUCAUGGCCUACUGAGUUCUGGGGUCUCGUUUUUAUGGGCUAUGAAGCCACCUGGCAAAGCAUUCGGAACGGAAAAACAUGUUUUGCCAGAUGGGUUUUUGGAAAAUGUUGGUGACAAGGGAAAAGUGGUGCAGUGGAGUCCACAAGAGCAAGUUCUAGCUCACCCAUCGGUUGCAUGUUUUCUUACUCACUGUGGCUGGAACUCUUCAGUCGAAGCACUAACUUCCGGCGUGCCACUUGUGACAUUUCCUCAAUGGGGCGACCAAGUCACCAAUUCAAAGUUCUUGGUGGAUGUGUUUGGUGUGGGGCUCAGAUUGUGUCGUGGAAGAGCUGAAAAUCGAUUGAUCACGAGAGACGAGGUUGCGAAGUGUUUGUUGGAGGCAACCGUGGGAGAGAAGGCAAAUGAACUGAAGCAAAACGCUUUGAAAUGGAAGAAGGCGGCAGAGGAAGCGGUGGCUGAGGGUGGCUCCUCUGACCGGAGUCUUGAAGAUUUUAUAGACGAGAUUAGCAAGAUCACGUAUGUUUCCUAGAAUAACUUGUUCGUUAUCUUUUCGAAUUGUAAGUUAUGAUCGUUGAUUAUAUCGCACUGCUUAUUUCAAUAGGAAGCCAAUUAAUCAAAUAAAAAUAUGAAUUUAAGUUCAA